AUGACGCCGCCGCUGGAAUUCUGUCAGCGCCCGGAUAAGUCUUUUAAUGUGGCAGUAGUUGGAGGCGGCAUCGCCGGCCUGACGCUCACCCUUCAACUACUCCUGAAUCGGAUACCGACAACGCUGUAUGAGCAAGCACCGAUGUUUGGUGAGAUCGGCGCGGGCGUAUCGUUCGGUCCAAACGCCCUCAGGGCCAUGUCUUUAAUCUCACCGCACGUACGGCAAGCUUUCGAGAAUCAAGCGACGAAUAAUGAAUCAGAGGACCACCAGAACGUAUGGUUUGAUUUCAGAUACGGCGAGACCUGCGAAGGCAAGCACCGCGAGGGUGAGUUGAUUUACCGUCUGAUAUGCGAGACUGGUCAGACUGGUAUUCUUCGAGCACACUUUCUGGAUGAACUGGUCAAGCUACUACCUGAUGGGGUUGCGAAAUUUGGCAAAUGUGCGGUCGGUUAUGAAGAUGAUGGCACGCGUGUAUUGCUCAAAUUCGAAGAUGGCACUACCUCUACACAUGACGCAGUGAUUGCAUGCGACGGCAUCAAGUCAAAAUUGCGGCGCGUGAUGCUCGGCGACGACCAUCCCGCCUCAAGGGCCGUCUUUUCCGGAAAGUACGCAUACCGUGGCCUCAUCCCUAUGGAGAAAGCGGAAGAGCUCUUAGGCGCCGAACUUGCCAAGAACAGCCAGAUGUACUUCGGAAGACACGGCCACAUGCUAACGUUCUCUGUCGCGAAGGGCAAGAUGAUGAACGUGGUUGCUUUCCGCAGUGCGGAAGAGUGGAAGUCAGAUAAAUGGGUCAUGGGGGUAAAAAGGGAGGAUAUGGUCAAUGACUUUAAAGGCUGGGGUGACAAAUCCCAAAAGAUUAUCCAGAUGGUGCAGAAACCUGACGUGUGGGCGCUUUUCGACCACCCGCCGAGCCCGACCUACUACCAAGGACGAGUAUGCCUGCUGGGCGAUGCCGCCCAUGCCUCGACGCCACACAAGGGCUCCGGUGCUGGAAUGGCGAUUGAAGACGCCUACAUUCUCGGCAAUUUACUGGCGCUAAUCAACGGCCCCGAGGAAAUCGAGAUGGCGUUUGCAGCGUACAACAAGACGAGAAAGGAGAGGUCCCAGAAGCUGGUGGCGGACAGCCGGGAACAGGGGAAGCUAUACGAGUUGGAGCUGAAGGACGACCCCGAGUGGAUCGCAGACAGCUUAUCAACUCGUAUGGACUGGGUCUGGAAAUAUGACUUGACUCAAGAGCUGGACCAAGGUCGUCGAGAGAUUGAGAAGUACCAGAGCGAUUCAACGGCGAGAGCGCAACUUUAA